AUCUUUUAGAUCCAGUACAUUGACUCAAUACCAGUUUCUCAGUUGUAUUUUUCAAUUGCAUUUUCUGAAAUGGCUAUUGCUCUUUGGUUUGUUCCCAAAAAAAGCUCUCAGUUGUAUGAUGUUCUCUCAAAUUUGAUUAUCAGCUUACAACCUUUAUUUGAUGAUUUUCCUCCAAUUUUUGAACCUCAUAUCACUAUAACCUCAAAUUUAUUUAUCUCUUCAAACUCUGAUAUAAACAAAAUCUUGAACGCUUCUUUAAUUGCCUUCAAUACUAUUGAUUCUAAUAACUCAACAAUUAAUGACCAAAUCUCUUUAAAUAAUUUAAAUAAUUUAAAUAACUUGAUUCAAUUUGAUAAGUUUGCUGUUGGAAGAAACUAUUUUAAUAAAAUUCAUUUUCAAAUUUUUAAAAAUCCAAACUUGAUCAGUUUUGCUAGAAUUAUCAGAGAAUUAUUUACUCUGUCUCUAUCAAGAAAUUCAUCAAGAUCAAAAUCGAUUAAUAAUCAUUCUUCUCAUUUCUCAAUUUCCUCAUCUUCCUCAAAUAAAUAUAAUAACUCAACUUUCAACUACGGUUACGAUUUAGAUGCAAUUAUCCCACCAAACGCAAAACCACCAUCCGUUAUUUUAAAUGAAAACGAUUUAACUCUAAAAGCAAAAAAAAUCGCUGAAGAUUGGUCAACCAACCAAUUUAAUCCUCACUUAUCUCUCGUUUAUUCAAAUAUUUACAAAUUAAAUUCCUCUUUAAUUAGAACCAUCAAAAUUAGAAUAGAAGAUUCUUUAGAUAUUUAUAAUUUAAAUGAAAAUAAUUUAAUCAAUUACCCAAACUUAGGCUGGAAUUAUGGAACUUUGAAAAUAGUAAAUUGUGAAGGAAAUGUUCAAGAUUGGCAAGUUUUGGGCUCAAUUGACUUUCAUAAAUAACUCGCUUAUUAUUAUAAACAUAAAAAACACUAAAACGGAAUUUUCUUUAGUUUUUUGUUUUCAUUUUCUAAG